UUUGGACGCUGACUGAAUAUUUAGAUAUCUAGAUCAGAAAUCGACCUAUAAAUAGAUCUAGUCAUAGUCUAGAUUGGAAUUUAGGUCUAGAUCUAGAGUUCUUGACCAGAUUCAAAGAGAUAGAUCUAGGUAUGCUUCGGCUAAUCAACUGAAGACUAAAUUAUUGUUGUGAUGGCUGAAGAGAUGGAGACAACGGACGUGGCGGGAAUGUCAUCACCGACAUUUACAUCACUGGUUACACCUCAGCAUGGGAAGCUUGCCAACUUUGAUGUUGAGAAAAAAAUUGGCAAAGGGCAGUUCUCUGAGGUAUACAGAGCAAAAUAUAAGCAAGAUGAUGGAAUGCCACUGGCUUUGAAGAAAGUACAGAUAUUUGAGAUGAUGGAUGCUAAAGCAAGAAAUGAUUGCAUGAAAGAAAUAGAUUUGCUUAAACAACUGGACCAUCCUAAUGUCAUCAAAUAUUUAGACUCAUUCAUUGAGAACAAUGAGCUGAACAUUGUCCUGGAGCUUGCUGAUGCUGGGGACUUGCAGAGAAUGAUCCGACAUUUCAAGAAACAGUGUCGGCUGAUCCCAGAGAAGACAAUAUGGAAAUACUUUGUACAGAUAUGCAGUGCUCUAGAUCACAUGCACUCCAAAAGAAUCAUGCACAGAGACAUCAAGCCAGCCAAUGUUUUCAUCACAGCACAAGGAGUAGUGAAACUUGGGGACCUUGGACUUGGUCGAUUUUUCAGCUCCAAAACAACAGCUGCCAUGUCUCUAGUUGGAACCCCAUAUUACAUGUCACCAGAGAGAAUUCAUGAAAAAGCUUAUAAUUUCAAAUCUGAUAUAUGGUCCUUGGGCUGUCUUUUGUAUGAGAUGGCUGCUCUUCAAUCUCCUUUCUAUGGAGAUAAAAUGAAUUUAUUCUCAUUGUGUAAGAAAAUUGAGCAGUGCGACUACCCUCCUCUUCCCGCUGAUUGGUACUCAGAUCAGCUGCGUUCAUUGGUGAACAUGUGCAUCAACCCAGACCCUGACCAGCGCCCUGAUAUCCAGUAUGUGUAUGAGAUUGCCAAGAGGAUGUACCACAUGUCUGAGCAGCAAGGGCAGCAGCGCCAGCUACAGCAAGUACAGCAACAGCAGCAGAUUUCCCCCAUGCCCCAGCAGGUGGCACAGUGAGUCCACGAGGAGGUACCAUCACACAGAGAUUAAUGCCAUGGAUCAGCGUCUCUCAGAGGUACAUUAAAGGGACAUGCUAUGAUCAUUUGGCGUACAUCACAAAAUGAACUAAAAGCUGUUGUAAAACACAUUAUAGCGGAAAUGCAAAAUUAUGAAUUGUUCAAUUAAAAAGAUAGUAAAUUUGUUGACAAGAAAUGUUCACUCUUUAAAAAAAUAACCAUUACAUUCCAAUAUUUCUGCUGCUGUAAUUAUUGUUCUCUACCACAAAGUAUAAAUAUGCUUUGAAUCAAGGCAUUACAAAAACCAAACAUUCAUAAGUUAAGUUUUGUCUUUGGUGUUUUGUUAAUGAUUCUAAGUUUAAUUGCUAAUAUUUUAUAUAGCAUAACAAUGUUUACAUUGAGAAAGCACAGCAAUAUGACAUUAUAAACUGCAAAGUAUCCAGGCUUGCUUAUAUCAUGCAGUCUUUCUGGUUUAUUUUUAUUUGAGGUAAAAAGAUAUUUGAAUUUUUUAUGCUUUGUUUUUUAAUUUAAGAAACUUGUUACAUUUUGUAUGUAUUUUUUUUUUUUUUUUUUUCACUAAACUAAUCUUGUGAAAAUGUAACAUUAGAUAAAACAGAUUUUACUUUGUUUUAAUACCAUGGUGGUAAUUUGAAAAUUGAGUAGCUAUUGUUUUACAGGAUAAGAAUUUUGAAUUAUAUCUUACUAUGUGAUAACCUCUUCUAAUAUUAAUAUUGAAAUAGGCACUUCUGAAUUAAAAAUUUCAAUAUGCAUUGUCCACCUUACAGAAGUUGACCACCUACCAGGCAAAUCAUUAGUUAUAACAAGUGGAGUAACUGCUUAACCAAUUUUAUUUUUUGGGGCCUGUGUUCAACAUAUUAUACUAUUUUUUAACUGGGUGAAUAUUUUUUUAAACCAUUAACUAAACUGCUUUUUGAUAAAAUUAUUCAUAACAUUUUUAAAAUUUACAAUUGGCACUUUGCCCAAAUUUUGAAAAAUCAAUUUUUUGAUGUCAGCCUUUGAAAAAUAAAAAAAAAUGAAGACAAAAGGCUUGUAUAAAGACCUCUUCCGUCCAUAUUAAAACCCUAGUCCUGUCGUCCUUGAAUUUUGGUACUUUGUUUUUAUCUAAUUUCUCAACAUGUUAUUUUGGUUGGGAUACAUCUUUGCUAAAUACUUGUAAAUGAUUUCUAUUUUUAAUUUUUUUAAAAUUAUUUUUUUAUAUUACAAAAUCUUCAACAUGUCUGUUUUAUUUUCUCAAAGCAAUUAGCCUUCAGCAGUAUUUUCUUGUUUUUAUUAUUUUUUUCCCAUCCAUCCAAGUAUUUUAUAUUUUGUACUUUGUUCUUCAUUAAAAUAAUGUAUGAACUCUUUUGGAGAUUUUUUUUUUACUCUUAAAGAACAAAGCUGAGUUUAUAUUGUUGUUCUGUUAAGCUUCUCCACUUAUUUUUGUUUUUAACUCUUUCUCUCCUAAUUGAUGAUCGUUGAUUUGACCUCUUUAAAUUAAAUUAAUGUUUAAUUUUAUAAACCUUAUUUUGUGUACUAUAAAAAAAGCAUGCAUUCCCCUUUAAUUCUAUAUCAAUUAAAAUAUUUUCCGAUCACAAAUGACAAAGCUAUUGAUGCUUAAUCAUAACAGGGUAGUGAAAAAGUAAUGAGCAAAUUGAAGAAUUCCGUCCAAACGUAGAAAAAUAAUUAUAGAGAGAAAGAGUUAAAGAAAUUUUUAUUUAUUCAUUUAAAUGUGAUUCAACUUUUUAUGUAAUAAGAUAAAAAAAAGAAAUAAUCUGCUGUUUAAGUUAAGUAGUAAGAUACAAUAGUAGAACAGAGCAAGUAUUGCUUAUGUAUUUACAGUUUGUGUAUUAUAACCAUGUCUACAGAAUUUUUCAAAGAUGCCACUUUUUAUGUUAUUUUUGUUUUUUAAUCAUUUUCAUUUGAUCCCUUUUUUGCCUAAUUCAGAACUAAUUUAAAUUUUGGCCAGUGGAAUCCCAUCUUGAAUUUUCCUUUUUACUAUAUUGUGAUAAAACAUUGGAAUCAGGAUUAAUCAUUUUAGAACUAUGUUGAUGUAUGAGUGAAGGCUGACAAUGAAUGCUCUAUAAAUAAUAUUUUCUAAAGUAUCCUGAAACUCAGAUAAAGCUGUCCAGAGGGACAGUCUGUCCAGUUUUAUUUAUUUUUUUUUUGCAUUUGUUUUUUCUAAACACUGUUGAGUUUUUGUUAGAAAAUCUAAAUCACAAAAAUUUAAUCUCUGUGAUUUUCUAAAACAAAUUUUUGUAAACUUUUAUAGGUGACUGUUUUUUUUUAUGUAACAUUUUCAUUUUUUGUUUUUGUGUGUUUGAAAUAGAUAUCCCACAAAUUUAACUUUUCUAGUUUAAAUAUGAAAAAAAAAUGUGUAGAAAAUGUUAUUAUAUUACAAACAUUUUGAGGGAGCUAGUAUUUAUAAUUUCCUAAAAUCACUUGUUUUUUUUCUGUGCCCCAUUUUGUGUAGGCAUAAUACUGUAAAAAAAAAAAAAAGAUAUAAUUAUUCAAUUCUGGAACUAAUUUCUUAGUACAUAUAUUAUUAAUACAUUUGAAAAGAGAUUACUGAAGUAUUUAUUUGUCAAAGAUGAGAAUGUUGAGAUUCUGUGAAUGGAUAUUUUGGUAUUUGGCUGUUGUGUUGAGACAAUCUGUGGUGAUAAACCUGUAGCUUUACCAAACACUUCUGUGAUUAGUUCUGAAAUAUCAGAGAUUGUAUCUUCAUAUACAUUUAGAAGUAUCCCAGCAUGCACUAUCAGUGACAUGCUAGAUAUUUGAUAAUACAUUAUUUUUUUGACUUCAUUUGUAAAAAUGAUACUUAUUUGCCUAAGUGAUAGAGCUUGACUUCCCAGGUAAAGGUCCUGACAUUUUUAGUGAGAUGUUAUCAGUGUAAUAUAUUUGUAUAGCAUUGAACAAUGCUUUUUCAGGCUAGAGUUUCUGGUCUGAUGUAUGCACUUCAAUAAAAAAAAAUAUUUUUUUUUUAGUCCCAACUAUCUUGGUCAGCUCUUUUGAAACCUUUAUCGUUUUACUUUCAAUUUGUAUGGUGUCUUUUGUUAUUUGUAAUGACACUGAAAUUUGUAAUGAUGACAUAGUAUUUGUAAAAUGUAACAUAAGUAUACAAUGUGUUAAGUGUGUUGAUUGUACUAGCUGGUCACUUAGUACUAUUCACCUUAGUGUACAUUCCAUAUCAGAUGCUAUUUUAUCUUCUGAAUGUUCCGUCCUUUAUGAUCUGAACCUAAGCUUGAACAUCAAAACCCUUUGAUAUUUUUUUCUAAGCUUACAAGUCCAGAAUUUCCACAUGUUUUGUGUUAUAUUAUAGGCUUAUAACCCCCAUGAUUUACCAACCUCUUGACAUAAAUAUAAGUUAUGGUACUUAUAUUAACAGGUUUUAUAGUCACUUAUAUAUAUAUAAUAAUAUUUAAGGUUUUAAUAAAAUAUGGUUGAAAUACUCAGGCUGCUUGUUUUUCAAUAUAGUUUUGAAGAUCCAAUGAUGCAAACUAAUAGUUUUUAAAAGAAAACAAGUAACGACUCUCUAAAUGAUUAUUGGCUGUUUCUUUUUUUUAUUAUCAUGGUUCGACACUUGAAUAUAAGCUGCCGGUUAGUCUAUCCAGAAAGAUUUAUUCUACAUUAGUUAGUUUACCCUGAAGUUUGUUGGCAUCUAAUGGGUUACAAAAUGAUUGUGUCUAUUCUGCAUGGACAAGUGGGACUACUACACAGCAGUUCGAGGUGUCUGUAUGCAAGAUUUUCUACAAUUGAUUUGUGUUAUUUUUUAGAAAGUUAACUAUUAACAAGUCAGUAUUGAUAAAUAUGAACAUUAUUAUCAUCAUACUUUUUGACGUUUUAAUGUAAAUCAGAAAAGUAUGUUACAAAAUUGUUCAACCAGUAAAAAAUGUUUUUUUAGAUGCCUUUAUAAUAUUUUUAGUUGCUUACAUGAAUGAAAUGAGCAGGAACUGUUUUUCUAAUGUAGUUUGUAACUUUUUUUUUUUCAAAGUCGCAUAUCAUCUUGAUGUCAUUGCUUGUGACUUAUGAAAAAAUAUGUUAUUAUUAUGACAUUGUAUUUAGAGUCCUAGAUUUGUAGCACAAUUUUAGUGGUGGACUUUCACAAUGGUGUGCUGUACUGUAAGGGGUCAAAUAAUUGUCUGGUCUAAGAAGAAAUUAAAAUAAUAAAGACUUGCACUCA